AAGACGACCACGCCACCACCGCUCGUCUCCACCGCGAGCGAAACCCAAAAAGGCAAUGGCGACCGACGGCGACGCCCUCGAGUCCCAGGCGGCGGCGGCGGCCGAGGCGGCGCGGGAGCUGCGCGAGGCCGCCGCGUCCCUCGUCGCCCGCCGCUCCGCCGACGAGGACGCGCUCCGCCGCCGCGCCACGGCGCUCGACGCCGACCUCCGCCGCCUCCAGGCCUCCCUCUCCACCCUCGCCCCCACCACGCUCGACAAGGUUGAGGAGGAACUGGAGCGUGCCAGGGUAACAAUCUCAGAUAGUGACGUGGCUGCAUUUCUCCCAAGCAAGCGGAAUGGGAAGUUCCUCAAGACCUUUGUUGGCCCUGUAAAUGUGCGGGUGGCGAGAAAAGAAGAUAAGCUCAGAGUGAAGGACGAGUACAACAACUACAGGGAUAGGGCUGCCUAUAUGUUUCUAUUGUUCCCAUCCAUUCUCCUCCUACUUAGAUGGUGGAUAUGGGAUGGAUGCCUUCCAGCCUUGGCAGUUCAGAUGUACCAGGCUUGGCUACUAUUCCUUUACACAAGUUUUGCUCUGCGGGAGAAUGUGUUGAUUGUAAAUGGAAGUGAUAUUCGUCCUUGGUGGAUAUACCACCACUAUUUAGCAAUGCUAAUGGCUCUCGUUAGCCUUACAUGGGAGAUAAAAGGACAGCCUGAUUGUUCCAGCAAGCAGACACUAUGGCUUUCUUUUCAGAGGGGGGUACAACUUUUCCUGCGGUGGGCAAUCAUGCAAGGAAUUGCAAUGCAUCUACAGAAUAGGUACCAGCGUCAAAGAUUGCGCACCCGGAUAGCUCUAGGAAAGGCUAAAAGAAUGGAUGUUGUUGCUGGAGAAACAGCUGGUGUGGAAGGGCAGCUCUUGCUACUUUACCCGGUCCUUUUCACAUUACAGGUUUUCGAAGGAUAUGUUGGAGUAUUACUUCUUAAGACGGCUUUGCACGGGCUUGCAUCGGAAUGGCAGGCAAGAAUUAUCAACUAUGUUGUAGUUUGUGGGAUCUUGCUGGUGGUAAUGGCAGUCGGCAACUUUGUCAACACGAUGGAGACUUUGAUGUUAAAAUUGAGGUUCAAAGCAAAAAUGAAAAGAGCAAAGAGCAGGCAGGAUCUCAGUCGCCAACACCAAAAUUGACAAAGUGACCCAUAAUGGUGACUCCAUGCUUGGAAACAGCGAAUGCUGACACACCAUCUCUCUUGUAAAUCCCUUAAUCCAUAAACUGUUUUGGCUGCCCAUGAUUUUGUGUUUUGGUAAUUGUUUCACAUUGAAGUUCAUAUUCUACGGUCAAUGCACGAUUAAAAACACUGUUAACUUUACCACAGAUGGGAACGCUAAAUUUAUGUGAUUUGUAUGUGCUAACAGCGCUUGCCUAAAAUUGCAGAGAACAAUAAUGUAUUAUGUCA